CGCCGGAAGUGACGUAGGCGGAAGGGCGCCGCGCGUCGAGCUAUGGCUCAGGAGGCCGCGGGGCGGCCGCCGGAGGAGACGCUGUCGCUGUGGAAACGCGAGCAAGCCCGGCUGAAGGCUCUCCUGGUGGACCGCGACACUGAGGCCUGGCAGCGGGACCCCGCCUUCGCGGGUCUGCACCGGGUCGGGGGCGUGGACGUGUCCUUCGUCAAAGGGGACAGCGUCCGCGCCUGCGCCUCCCUGGUGGUGCUCAGCUUCCCGGAGCUCGAGGUGGUGUACGAAGAGAGCCAAAUGGUCAACCUGACGGCCCCCUAUGUGGCAGGCUUCCUGGCCUUCCGAGAGGUGCCCUUCCUGGUGGAUUUGGUGCGACGGCUACAGGAGAAGGAGCCAGGCCUCAUGCCCCAGGUUCUCCUUGUGGAUGGAAAUGGGGUGCUCCACCACCGAGGCUUUGGGGUGGCCUGCCACCUGGGCGUCCUCACAGAGCUGCCCUGCGUUGGGGUGGCCAAGAAACUCCUGCAGGUGGAUGGACUGGAGAACAAUGCCCUGCACAAGGAAAAGAUCCGGCUCCUGCAGGCUGGAGGAGAUACAUUUCCUCUGACAGGUGGCUCUGGGACUGUCCUGGGAAUGGCCCUGAAGAGCCACAGCCGCAGCACCAAGCCUCUCUACAUCUCCGUGGGCCACAGGAUCAGCCUGGAGGUGGCCGUGCGCCUAGCCCAACGCUGCUGCAGGUUCCGGAUCCCAGAGCCCGUGCGCCAGGCUGACAUCCGCUCUCGAGAGCACAUUCGCAGGACUCUGGGACACCUCGGGCCAUCUGCACCAGGGCAGGAGAGGGCUGCCCCAGCUCCUCAAGGCCCGCUCAGCCUGCGCUCCACAGAAAUGGCAUGGCCCUGGAAGCCCCACAUGACAGCCACUUCACAUGCACCUGGCCCAUGAUCUUCCUGAUGCCUGGGAGGCUGGGCCUGAGGAGGACUUUCUGUGGGGAGGCAUGGGGACAUUCUUGUCCUAGUGUCACAAGGCAGGCUUUUGAGCCAGGCACAGAGUUCAAAGGCAUGCCCCAAAGGAGACCCGGGAGAGGCUGCAGACCCCUAAGGACUACAGCGGAGGCCCCAGGACAGACUUGGAGGCUCCAGGAACAGCAGGCCGAGGCUGGAGUGGAGGGAACUGGGUGCCAUGAGCACUUGGGCUGCUGGCUUCCUUCUCCAGCCUCAGGCAAUGGCUGUGAGGACCUCACUCACCCAACCAAGGUAGAGGCCCAGACCUUGGACGUGCCCGUUGGAACACCCAGCAGAUGGCCAGGCACAGCCCAGCUUGGUCGGUGGCAGCCCACCCUCUCCAGCCUUGGCUGGUGGGUGUGGCCACAGACCUUCCCAGGACCAGUUCCAGACCAGAAAGUGCCUGCAGUUGUCCUCCUAGAGGAUUUGCACCCAGAGACCAGGCCUUGCGAGCACUACAGUCCACUCCUUUGAAUAUAAACCAGCCGCCUCCUGCUCUGCCUUUUCUUUCAGGGUUCCUCUGUAACUGGUGCCCCACCAGCCAUAGUGGGCCACAGAGGGUCCACACUGGUGUGGCCAGGUUUCAGCACCCACGAGUCUGUCCUCAGCCUGAAAUGAGGCCAAGGGUGGGCACAGGCAGCCAGGGGUUCAGAGGAUGCCAAACAGAAGCUAGUUGAGGCCCCUCGCCCACCACCAGAGAGCCAGGACGUGCCUGCUCCUCCACCCUCACCCCGAGGCACAGUCUCCAGCCUCAUCUCCACUGUGGGAGGCAACUUGUUCCCAGCCCGUCUGGCCACGUCCUCUCUCGGCACGGGCUUGAAGUGGCAACCGAGAGGAAGGGCACAGUGGGUGGCCUGCCUCAGCCCUAGUCCUGCAUGUGCCAGUUUGCCCCCAGACUCCAGGCUCCCAGGGUGGAGUUGACCGAGGGUAGGUGGGGCUGCUGCCAGAUCCUGUGGGCCCUGUUUCCCAGUUCUGGAUCAGGAUGGAAGAAGGCGGCAGCCGUGGAGGAGGGAGGUGCGCUGUCCUUAAAGAGAUAGGGGACGGUGAGAGACUGUUUCCCUAUUUCCUAAGCCAUGUUAAGCCCAGACCAGAAUGUCCAGUCAGUGCCACCCUGAGGGACGCUGGCUCUCACACACGGUAAAUAGGGCAGACUAGCGUUAUCAGUAGGAGCUGCUUUCUUGCACACACCAGGAUGCUGCUUCUGGGAUGCUGGUCAUGAAGGAAUCAAAGCAGAAGAAGCACUCUAAUGACGUCACUGCUGUGACCUGACCUGCAAACCCCUCUCCCUCGGUGACUGGCCUGGUGUUGGGGGCACCAUGGAGACAAGUUCCUCUCGUCCAGCCAGCUGCCAUUGGACAAGGUUUGGGGGUGGCAGUAGAUAUGCAGAUACCUACAGAAGUCCCUGGACACGCAGGAAGUGACGUUGAGGAGCAGGGGUCUGGGCCCAGGAACAAGAUGGUGGGCAGAGGGGUGGCACCUGCCCAACAGGCACCUGUGCACAGACUCCAUCAGGAACACGGGUCAAGGAAAUCGGAAGCACAGGGUUGCAGCUGAGCAUAGCUGGCUGGGAUCUGGCUGCCUCUCUCUCAGGCCCUGGGCACAGCCCAGACGUCAGGAGGGAGCAAUACCUGUCCCCGCUUCCCUGGGACUGGGAAGACCCCAGGAGGUGAGGAGCGUGAGGGUUGGCUCAGGCCUGGUACAGGGUGACCGUCAGUGAGGAAGGCUGUUGUCUGGAGAAGAAGCAGGGCCCACAGAGGCCAGGGUGAUGGCUGUCCAGCCAGCCAAUCAUGGGUAGGGGCAGCAAGGCAGACCCUUCCCUCCAGGCUGUUCAUAGCACUCAGGGCACAAACCCGAGCAGCAGGGAGCACGUGGGGUUCGCAGGGUGGUGGCCAGCUGGGGCUGGGGUGGGGGCAGGGGCAGCAGACACCAGCCUGAGCAGAGGGGCGGCGAGGGCUAAGUGCAGUGGCGUCUCAGCUCCUUCCCGCAGAGCCUUAAAAAUAGGCCGCGGUGAUGUCCAUCUCGGCAGACCACAGCUCAUCAGGGCUAAGAAUAUUCUUGAACCUCUUAAUAAUUCAAGUCAGAUCCAAAUAGACUUUGCAGUUCACCUGCGGGCCUCUGUGCCCCUUCCCAGCCCCCCAGCCUGCCUAGGGACUGGGACGGAGUGGCGUCGAGGGAUUGGUUGGCCGGGCCUCUGGGUCUCACCCAGGACCCCUCAGGGCUCUCCUAUGACCUCAGGAACUGCAGGCACAGCCAGGGCUGGAGUGACCUGUGUGAUCUGUCCAAGGCCAGUCAGUCCGAUCCCCUGGCAGACACUGGACUGCUUGAGGGUCGUGCUGGCCCCUGGCUGUUCCUUGACACUGGCUCAAGCCCCAGGCCUCCUGGGUCCAACCCUCUGGGGCCCCAGGGCCCGCUCAGGCUGCAGGGGAGCCACCCUGCUCCUUAGAUCCCCAGAGCUGUGCACACGCCCCAGAGGGCGGCUCUGCCUCCCCAGAGGAGCGUCUGAAGGGCUCUGCGGGGAGCGCUGUGUCCCCAUGGGCACAGCUGGGUGCAGGUUCCAGUUCAGGCCCCGCCCGGGUGCCGGGCGAUCUCUUCACCUCUCUGUGCCUUUCUCCUUCAGUGGGGUGGUAGGAUGGGGUCUCCAGAAUAGGCCACGUGUAGGGGCCAGAGGGGCGUCUGCACCCUCCCCUCCAGGCGCAGUGCCCCACCCCCCUCCUGCCUGAGGCAGCCCACUGGUCCCUCAGAGAGGUGAGGGACUUGGGGUGCCACCAGAGGCCUGCAUGUGGAAGGGGCUCACCCUGGCCAGGCCCCUCGUGGAGUUUGCCAAUUACUGAUGACAGCUGAGGCGGCUGCACUGGCAUGUGGGUGAGCGGCAGGUGGUGGUGGGUGAGGAGCAUGGAAAGAUGGCAUGGCCUGCUCCCUGCCCCCUGCCCCAGCCAGGGCACCAAGCCCCUCAGCCUCCGUGCCCCCCCGAGGCAGUGCAGGCAGGUGGCAGCCCUUCCCCGCCUCGCUGGCUCCUUUUCUCAGGCUCCUCCCCACCUUGCAGAGGGCAGCCCGAGGUGGUAGCAGGCCAGGGGCACAAGCUGAGGACCAGGACAGAGCAGAAAGACCCAGGGCACCUGCAGGAGGGGAAGGAGGACCCUGGGCAGCCCAGACCCAGGAAGAGGCCCAGCUGCCUAGGCUCCUGCCCAGGCUGCGGGGAGCUGGGUGUCAGGGGCAGCUUGGGUGCCUUGGGUGUGGUUUUUAGUGAUCUAAAUGUCAUUUGUUUUUUCUCUAAACAAAGUCCUGAGUGGUUGGCUGGCCCUGUGAGCUUGGGAUGGAGCCCAGCACCUCUCACAGCCCCUGCGCCCCUCCUGCCUGGCGUUUCGGCCAGCUCUUUCGGUAGUGACUUCUGAACAGCAACGUUGCUGCUGCCUUUUCCUUUUCUUUUCAGGUUUAGAAAUUACCCGUGGACACCCCACUGCAGGAGCUAAAAGUUUGUUCUCUCACGGAGCCCAGAGGCACACGCGUUCACACUCAGAGCCAGGUGCGCACACACGUGUGCACACAGCACUCUUCCUCCUUCCUCCGACCCCCUGCCUCGGGAUUCCACGUGUGCAAGAUGUUUCUCUGCGUACACUGGUUGCCGCUGAGAAACGUGUAAUUCUAUCUCUUUGCAGCCUCUUGUUUUUCCUGGACUUAAUAAUUGCCUCAUUUGGGGGGAUUAUUUUCUAUGUGCCCAUUAUUUAUUAAACCCUGCCAUGGAAUAUGAACAGGCUAUGGAGGUUGGUCUCCAA